AUGAUGAUAAGAAGUCAGUGUCUAAAAAAAAGUAAGACCAAUUAUGCAUUACGAAUUUGUUUGAAAAAUAUAAAAAAAUAUUCCACAACAAGAGAGAAGAGUUACAUUGAUGUGCAACCAAAUGAUGUUAGUCAUAUAGACAUAAAGAGUGUUAAAAACAAAGAAAAUUUAAAAAAGUUUUAUUUAUUUUACAAUAAAAAAAAAUUAAGUGACAUAUAUAAUGACUAUAUAUUUUUAAUAAAUAGCUCAUUUAAAAAUAAGUGUGAUGAAAAUGAAGUAAAGGAAUGUACAGACAUUUUGAAAUAUGUAGCAAAUUCUAUAACAUUAAUACAGUUUAUUAAUUCAAGGAAAAAUUAUUUAAACAGUGGAAGUAAUAAUGGUUUUUUUCGAUAUAAUGAUACACAGCCUUACUACAUACAUAACAUUGAAAAGGCAAAUAAAUAUAAAGAAGAGCAUAUGAUGAAAAUCGAUGAAAAAAAUAGCUUGAAUUCGAAUUACUUUUUUUCAAAUAAUUUAUAUAAAUUUAUUUAUAAAUUAAAAAAAUAUGAUAUAUGGAAUUAUAAGGAAAAAAGUAUAAACAAAAGAUAUAUGAAUUAUCAUAUGCUAUUCCCAAUAGUAUAUCAAGACUUGAAAAAAUGUGAACAAGCUAUUAAUACUGAUAGUGAUAAAAAUAUUUACCUCUUAGAUUGCAAUAUAUUUUCUUAUUAUAUAAAUAAAAAAAACAAAAAUGAAUUUAUAGAUAUCAUUAAAAAGGUUGAUUAUAAUUUAUUAACCCCACACGAUAUAAAAAAUGUUUUAAUUUUGUUGUCUAUAUUGCAUCAUAAUAAUAUAUCUCUUUCAAAUAAUAAAGAAAAUAUCAUAAAAAAUAAUAAUAAUAAUAAUAAUAAUAAUGGAAUAAAUGUGAUAUAUAAAAAUAAAGAAUAUAUAAAUAAAAAGAUAUUUAUCGAUAUAUUUAAUAAUAUAUAUAAUAAGUAUAUUUUUUCAAAAGUUAAUAAAAUAUCCUUUUAUUAUUUAUAUGAUUACAUCUUAUUGAUGUGUAUAAAUGAAGUAAAAAAUGGAGAGGCAUACACAAAUGUUAUCAAUGUUUUAUCGAAUUAUAUGAAUCUAAUAAAUAAAUUAAGUAACAAAACUGAUGGAGAAACUAGUGAAGCACCUAUCUUAAGUCCUGAUGAAGAUGAAAAAGGUUUUGCAAAUAAUACUGACCCAAGUGGCACAAUAAGUGAAAAUGACAACGUUGGAUUUACUGAAAUUAAUUUAUCAGAUGAAGGGAAUGAUAGAAAUUAUCCUGUUUUAAGCAAAGAGCAUUAUAUAUAUAUAAAAAAAAAUAUAAUAAAAAUAAAGAAUGAAAUAAUAAAUAAACUACUUUUAUUAUAUAUUACAAAAUAUGUAUAUAACCAUAUAGAUAAUAAUUUAUUAUAUAGUCACUCCGAUUUAAUAUGCGAAAAUUUAGAAUUAAUUCCUCAUUAUAUGAUAACUAAUUUUAUAUUUACUAUUGGAACAUGUAAAUAUAUUGAUGAAUUUUGCAUGUUUAUGCUAGCUAAAUAUGUACAAAAUAAUAUUAAUUUAUACAACCCUAAUGAAAUUGUUGUAAUAGUAAAUACAUAUGCUGAUGCGGCAUUAGAAGAUGUAAGUUUUUAUGAAACAAUUUGUGAUUACAUAAAAUCGAAUUUUAAUAAAUUUUCAACUUUUGAUAUAAUUAAAAUAUUACAUGCACUUUCUAAAGUAAGAAUACGAGAUGAAGAACUAAUUAAAGAGUCUUACAAAAAAAUUAACAAUUAUUUGGAUGGUCGAGAAAAACAAUAUAGUAUAGAUAAGCCAUUGAAAUUUACGGCUGAAAAUGAAUCGAUUUCUACAUUAUAUUCUCAAAUGUCUCAACUUGAUAAUAGCGUAGCAAAAAAAAGAAAAAAUUAUAUUUUAAAUAAAUAUUUAUGUGCUUAUGCAUUAAUUGCAGCAGGAAAACUAGAUUAUUUUAAUGAGCUUGAUAAAUUAUUUAUUCAUUUAAAAGAAAGUAUACAAAAUGAAGGUAUUGAUAUAAGAGGAAUAUUAUGGAUGCCAAUUGCUAUUACAAGUUUUUUAUGUACUGAAAAUAUAUUUUAUUUUAUUCCUAUAUAUAUAGAUUUAAUUUAUAAUGCUUUUAAAAAAACACAAUCACCAAAAUUAUUAUCAUUACUUAUUAGAAGACAUAGUAUAUUAUUACACGCAAUAGAAACUGAUAUUAUCCCCAAAAAGUUUUUUUCAAAAGAUACUAUAGAUAAAUUAUAUUUUAUUUGUAAAAGUAAAAAAGAUAACUCAAAAGAAAAAGUAUUUGUUCCAGAUAGUUCAACUUUUCAUAUUGAAGUUUCAAAUGCUUUAUUAUCAUUAGAUAUAGUUCAUAAAAAAGAAGUUAAUAUAUAUCCAUUCACUAUUGAUAUUUUUAUUAACACACCUCAAUAUUUUGAAAAAAAUCAAACAAAAGAAAUAUAUGCACAAACGGAACAUACUCAUAAUAAUUUUAACAAAAUUAAUACAAUAAAAAAAUUUAAUAACUUAGUAUAUGAUGAUGAUACAAAUUUUGAGCAAACAUUUGAGAAUAAAAAAGCGAAAAAUAAAAACAAAAACAAAAAUGAAGUAUAUACUGAUGUUCCAUUUGUGUAA